AUGGCCAACUCGGCCCAGUAUGGUCCUCCUCUGGACCCUCCUCGCGCCGCCAAUGGUGCUCAACCCAAAAAAGUCGCCUACUUCUACGACUCUGAUGUCGGAAACUAUGCCUACAACGCUGGUCAUCCCAUGAAGCCUCACCGUAUUCGAAUGGCCCACAGUCUGAUUAUGAAUUACGGCUUGUACAAAAAGAUGGAAAUCUACCGAGCCAAGCCUGCCUCUAAAUACGAAAUGACCCAAUUCCACACAGAUGAAUACGUCGACUUCCUUUCAAAAGUCACCCCGGACAACAUGGACAGCUACGCGAAAGAGCAAGGAAAAUACAACGUCGGUGAUGAUUGUCCCGUCUUUGAUGGUCUAUUCGAAUACUGCGGUAUCAGUGCUGGUGGCAGUAUGGAAGGUGCCGCUCGUCUCAACCGUCAAAAAUGCGACGUCGCUGUCAACUGGGCUGGAGGUUUGCAUCACGCAAAGAAGAGUGAAGCCAGUGGUUUCUGUUACAUCAACGACAUUGUUCUCGGCAUCAUCGAGCUUCUCAGAUUCAAGUCGCGCGUUCUCUACAUCGAUAUCGAUGUCCACCACGGUGAUGGUGUCGAAGAAGCCUUUUACUCUACCGACCGCGUCAUGACCGCCUCCUUCCACAAAUACGGAGAGUACUUUCCUGGUACUGGUGAACUGCGCGAUAUCGGUGUCGGCAACGGCAAAAACUACGCUGUCAACUUCCCCCUACGCGACGGUAUGGACGAUGUCGCAUACAAGAGCGUCUUCGAGCCCAUCAUUGCCAAAAUCAUGGAGUUCUUCCGUCCUGAUGCUGUCGUUCUGCAGUGCGGUGGUGACUCGCUGAGUGGAGAUCGUCUUGGUUGCUUCAACUUGUCCAUGCGCGGUCACGCUAACUGCGUGAAAUACGUCAAGAGCUUCAACCUUCCUACCUUGGUUCUUGGAGGUGGUGGUUACACAAUGCGUAACGUCGCUCGUACGUGGGCUUAUGAGACUGGUCAACUGGUUGGUCAAGAAAUGGGUCCCGAGCUACCCUACACCGACUACUACGAAUAUUAUUCGCCCGAUUUCGAACUUGAUGUCCGUCCUUCCAACAUGGACAACGCAAACAGCCCGGAAUACCUCGAGAAGAUCAAGCUGCAAGUCUUUGAGAAUUUGUCACGCACGAGAUUUGCUCCUAGUGUUCAAAUGACCGACGUACCACGCUCACCACUUGUUGUGCAACCAAACGAGAAUGACCCAGACAACGAAGGAGAUACUGAGGAUCUAGACGAACGCGAACAACGCCUCGACGACAAGGAUGACGACGAAAACCCCGAUUCUCGAUACACCGAACGUAAGUGGGACGCUCGUAUUGAGCGUGAUGAUGAGUUUGAAGAUUCUGAUGAUGAAGAGAUGGAUGCGUUGCUUGGUGUCAAGAAACAACCUGGCGCAGAUCGGCAGCGAAUGAAGAUUACCGACCACAAAAAUCCCUUUGCAGAUACAGCUGAAGGUCCUAUUGAGUCGGGGGCCGCCACUCCUAUUGACACGACACUUCCACCCGUAGCAGCCCAAGCCGACCAAAUGGUUGUUGAAAAAGCACAGGAGGCCAACGCUGCUGUAGGUGAAGCAAUCAUGGCUGCCAAGGCAUCUGAAGAUCCCCAUGCAGUACAGCCUGCUCUUGGUGAGGAGGUCGCCAGCAACGGAACACAACGAGCACGUUCGCCACCUAAGGCAGCGUCAACUACUGCACAAGCUCCUGUAGCUGAGCCUGAGGAUGUCGAGAUGGGUGAUGAUGACGCUGCUGUCGAACCACCGGCAAAUGCUCCCAACGCAAACAACACACAAGCGGGCGCAGGACCUACCGCCACACCACCACCAGAACCUGCAGUCGCUGAAACAACAACCGCAGCAGCCACUGAAGAUGUAGAGAUGGGUGACUCCACUGCCGAAGCAAAAGAAGAGGGUCGUCAAGAACGCGAGGCAGAAGACGUGGAAGGCGAGAUGAAGCGUGAGGGUGAGGCUGGUGGUAUCAACUAG